UUGGAUGCAAUGAGCUUUGUGAACCGGUAAAGUAGUGGUGGAUUAACAUUGUAAAGUAGUGGUGGUCUUUGCAUGAAUCAAGACGCCAUGGGAUGAACCUGCACGAUGAAUUGGCUCAGGGUGACGAGUCAUUUGGAUCUUUGCGGGACUUGGAAGACGCUUUGGCAGAGCUAGAGGAACAGAACAAGCGACUGGAAGAAGAUUGCAGAGAUCUGGAGGCACAUUGCCGGGACUUGGAGAGCGAAGGCUACCCCUCGCCCUACCCGGUGGAUGAGCUCCUGGCGGUGUCGGCGACGCUGUCCGCGCCGCGCGCGACGCACCGCGCCGUGGCGACCCCGGAGGUGGCGCGGGCGAGCCAUCGCGCGGUGGGCGGCGCAGCGGUGGUGGAGCUCCAGUGGCCGCAGGCAGAGGAAGAGUCUCGCGAUGCUCAGAUCCAGGAGCUCCUAAAAGCCCGUGCAAAGUCCUUUGCUGCCAUGGCUGAGAUGCAAGAGCGUUGCAGCCAUCAACAAAGUGAGAUGGAGAGGUUGCUCAAGGAGCGAGACAAGCUUCAUGACGAUCUGUCGUCAUCCAACAAACAACAGCAGCAGCUCAGGCACCAGCUGCAGGAACUGCGAGAGCAGGUGGAGCAACAGGAUGACUUGGAGACGAUGAGCCAUACCACUGGUGAGGACUCGUCUGUGGCAGACAGUCAAGGAUUGUCCCGACGGCCACGCAAGAAGCGGAACCAUUUCGGCCGUGGCUUUCAACAGCCCAAAUGCCUGGAUGAGGGGGUGGAAGUGCCGGUGCCAAUGGCAAGUGAUCCCACGGAAGUUUUAGUUCGAAGCUUGGCUCAGAGAGCGCAGGCCAAUUCUUUAUGGUAUGAAAUGAUCAUUUUUCUCCUGGAGAAGGCUGGAGAGGAUGGUCUGCCGAGCACUAGCUCAGGGGGAAACCUGCGGCAAGAGCUGCAAGUGAUGGCAUACCAAAUCGAAGCCCGGCUGAACCAGCUGGGUGGACCCAGCCAGGAAGAUGAGGGGGUGCUGGAAUCUGUUCUCAAGACAGUGGGCAAAGUCACUGACCAGGUUGUGGACUCCGCAGUGUUGUACGUCGACCAGCAAGUCUCAUCACCGGCCAACACAUCCAGGGCUGGUUCUCAGUGCACUGAUGAAGCACGAACGCCAAGAGGAAUGGCCCGUGGCAUGUCACAAGAAUCUCUAGGUGCCAAGCAAGCUACUCCAGCACGCCAGCGCUUGCAGGCUCGUCGUGAUCGAAAGAGUGUGGCAAGUGUGGCAUUCAGCAAGGGAGAUGAUUGAAGCAUGAGUGAAGGUCGCGGCUGAUCUGGUACGUCAAGAAGGUCAAGACUGCCAAGCUGCAGGAGUUUCCAUCGGCUGAACCACAAGUGUCCUCCACAAUGUCACCAUGAUGGAGUUGUUGGAUGUGAAAUGAAGUGGCCAGCGAGGAAGAGAAGUAGAGCUCAGGAAAGAAUGAAUGCAGCCACCACAUGCUGACAUGUUGAGUACCUCUGAAAAAUCAUCAACCUUGUGGACCAACGAAAGUGAUUCAAGGAACGAUGUGUGCAUGUACCGGAUUUCACUAGCACAGAUUUGUUUGUGAAGCCAACUUGCUUUCCCCUUCGGUGGCUUGGCUCAAGGUCGUUUGCAAACUCCAAAC